GCUCCCCCUUGUCCCCUCACCAUCAGACCAUGGAAAGUCAGUCAGCACACGCACUAGAAAUGCUGGCUGUGCUGUCGACCCGCAGACCUUUACUAGACUCUCUGCUGUGACGCCCCGGCACAAGCGCGGUGCGAAAGGCCUGAGGGAGGCCAUGCUUGCUCCCUGCUGGUGCAAGCACCCUGCUGAUGCAAGCACCCUGCUGAUGCAAGCAGCGGGCCCAACGCUCUGUGCUGCCCACAGGAGCUGCUGCCCUCUUGUGUGGGUGCCACGCCCUCAGCCCUGUGAGGUGGUGGCCGUGAUGUCACAGUGGUGUCAGGGAGCGGCCAUUGUGACACGCGGGGCUGGGAGCAGAGCAAAGGCUGCUGGGCUGGGGCCGUGCUCAGUGCGGCCUGGUGAGGCGUGGAGAGAGCAGCGACUCUCUUGUUUCUCGCCAUCGAUGCCGAACAUGUCUGGAAGGAAGAAGGAGGCCCCCAAGUCUGGGAAGCCAGUGUGCAUGCUGUGCCGCAGGGCACGGGUCGACCCGGACAUCUGCGGGCAGACAUCUGCCGAUGGUGGGCUCUGUGCCCACCGCUUCUGCUUGUUCUUUGCCAACGGCCUUUUGAAAUGGAAACGCCCUACGGGGGGAAUUUUUGGCUUCCCCCCGGAUGCCAUCCAGCACACAAUCCAGCUGGCAGACCAGAAGCGCUGCUUUGUCUGUCGUGGGAAGGGAGCUGCCAUCAGCUGCGCAGAGACAGGCUGUGAGCGCAGCUUCCAUCUGCCCUGCGCCGAGAAGGGGGAAUGCGUCACGCAGUACUUUGGGCAGCACAGGUCCUUCUGCUGUGAGCAUCGCCCUCGGCAGGCAGCGGAGGCAGCUCCAUCUCACAACACUCUCUGCGUCAUCUGCCUGGAGCCCGUGGGGGACAGCACGUCCUACCACACCAUGGUGUGCCCGACGUGCAAACAGGCCUGGUUCCACCGGGGCUGCAUCAGGAAACAGGCCAUGCAUGCUGCCACCAUGCUCUUCGUCUGCCCUGUCUGCAGAGGAAAAGCGCGAUUCCGUGCCAAAAUGGCUAAGCUGGGGAUCCAAAUUCCAGUCAGACGACCAUCUUGGUGGGAUGAUGAAGCGUACCAGGCGCUGCGAGAAAGGCACAGGCGCUGUGACGUCAGCAUCUGCUAUUACCGAAGAGGCAGGGAGGAGGCAGAGGAACAGGGGCUCUGGCAGCUGCUCCUCUGCCGCUCCUGUGCCGCAAAUGGCACGCACUGGUACUGCUCCUACUGGUACAGCAGAGGAGGCACCUGGGAGUGCGAUACCUGUGCUGGUGAGGCCAUUGCGUCCCGCCGCAACUACGACCUCGGCAUCCCCAGCACUUCCAGCCAGAUGGCACCGGGGCCAUCCCCGGCAGCUGCACCCAGAAAGCAUCCCAGGCAGCGGGGGACUGGCCGCACAAGAAGCCGUUCCCCAUUGCAAGGUCGGGCCUCAGGCUCCCAGAGUCGGCCCCGAAGAUGCCGUGGCACCAGCCGUACAACAGCCCGAGGUGCUCAGAGCAGCACUCGCACCUCGGCCAGACCAGCACCACCGAGGUCCUCGAGGGCUUCCCCUCUGCCUGCACGCAGGAGGCAAUCCAGGCAGCGAGGGCGGGCCCACACUCGAAGCCGAUCCCCAGUGGGGCGUCGCGCUUCGACUUCCCGCAGCCGGCCCCGAGGAGGCCGUGGGAGCCGGUCCAGGCAGCGGGGACCGGCCCGGGCACCAAGCCGCUCCCGGGCCCAACAUCGCAGAAGACGUCCCCGCAGCCGGUCCCAAAGGCGGCGCUGAAGCAGCCACCCUGUUCCAUCCCCACGUGACGGUUGUGCUUCCAAGCGGCAAAGAAAAUAAACCGUGAAGAGAGUCCACACAUAUUGGCUUCAUUCUUCAGUGGACCAGCCCGGGCACAAAGCCUCUCUCAGGUGCAGCAACAGAGAAGACGUCCCCAUAGCCACCAGCAUCAGAGAAGACGUCCCCACAGCCAGUCCCAAAGACGGUGCAGAAGCGGCCGUGUCCCAUCCCCACGUGAUGGCUGUGGUUCCAAGCAGCUAAGAAAAUAAACCUUCAACAUACUCCACAUGUGUUGGCUUCAUUCUUCUCUGCUUGUCCUGCGGUGGGCACUGUUAGGGGCUGAGACCGCAGCGUUGUCUUCUCCCCAGCACCUUCCCAGGUGGAGUUAUCUUUAGAUUUAUCUGUGCCUGUGACAGAGGGCUGCGAGCCCACAGGCCCACCAGUCCGAACAAAAGGGGCUACAGAGGGGUGCCAACAGUUUACAGCCCAGUUCAGCCAGCUGCUGUGAUAUAACGGGGGCAGGGACCCACAGACACCCACACCCCGGGAAAGGGGAAAGGAGAAAACUGGGGAAGGGCACGGAGACGGGAGACAGGCCUGAAACCAAAACAGUGGCAAUGAUGUGAGGAGGAAAGACGGUUUCCCAGAUCAUAGAAUCACAGAAUCAUAGAAUCACAAGGUUGGAAGGGACCUGCAAGAUCAGCUAGUCCAAUCGUCCUCCCAUUACCCUUGCUACCACAAGCCACUAAACCAUAUCUCGUAGCUCCUCAUCCAGGAUGAGGACAGGAGAACAGACUGAAACAGAAAAGGACACAGCUAAGAUGUUAGCAGAAAUACAGGAGUGCUGUAGAAACGC